GCCUCGUGACCCUCGGUUUUUUGAAAAUAUUCUCCAGGAAAAGCGCGUCCGUGAUCAUUUCAGAUUGAUGCAAGAUCUAUACAUCCAUGGAUCGAACACGGCAACAUUUCUCCGCAGGACUGUAACGCUAGUCAUCUCCAGCCUUCAGGAGUACUCUGGUCCAGUGGAGGCAACCCUACAUCCUAGCAGUUGGGACCACAAGAAACAGCUCCAUGAGUACUACAUUGCGUUGGAUGCUCUGAAGAUGGAGGUGGUUAGCGGGAUUGCGGGGUCUGUAGCCCGACUGGAGGGCCGAGAAUUCGAGUAUCUGAUGAAGAAAAGGUCGGUGACCAUCGGCCGGAACUCUUCGCAGGGUUCGGUGGACGUCAGCAUGGGACACUCCAGCUUCAUCUCCCGGCGGCACAUCGAGAUAUUCACCGCGGGAGAAGACGGCACCGGCACGGGGGAGUUCUAUCUGCGGUGCCUCGGGAAAAACGGGGUGUUUAUUGAUGGGGUGUUCCAAAGGAGAGGGGCGCCUCCUCUCCAGCUCCCCCGAAUGUGUUGUUUCCGGUUUCCCAGCACAACUAUAAAGAUCACGUUCACAGUCCUGUCCAAUGAAAGGAAGGAGCCCAGGAACGUGCCAGAAUCACCAGUUAAACCUAUCCAACCCCAAAUCUCCCCACUGACCAUCAACAUUCCUGACAACAUUGCCCCACCUCAUAAGCCCCAGCCUUCCCCAACGGGCACCCUCAGUGCGGCAAACUCCUGUCCAUCAAGUCCGCGGGGGGCGGGCUUCUCCAGCUACAGGCCGAGCCGUGUUCUGGCCUCGGACUUGAUAGGCGACAACUCCCAAUCAGAAAAUGACAAGGAGGCCUCCGGUGAAGACAGCCCAAAGACGACUCCCAAACCUCCAUAUUCGUAUGCACAGCUGAUAGUCCAAGCUAUCACCAUGGCGGCAGAUAAACAGCUGACUCUGAAUGGAAUAUACACCCACAUCACCAAGAACUACCCCUACUACAGAACAGCUGAUAAAGGCUGGCAGAACUCAAUCCGGCACAACCUGUCCCUGAACCGGUACUUCAUCAAAGUGGCGCGCUCUCAGGAGGAGCCGGGCAAAGGCUCCUUCUGGAGGAUCGACCCCGCCUCGGAGGGCAAGCUGAUGGAACAAGCCUUCAGGAAGCGCCGGCCGAGGGGGGUGCCUUGCUUCAGGACACCCAUGGGACCGCUCUCCUCCAGGAGUGCUCCGGCAUCCCCCAGCCACACGGGGGCCCUGUCUGUAUCCAGCGGGGUUCAGACUCCAGAGAGCCUGUCCAGAGAGGGCUCCCCUGUCCCCAUGGAGCCAGAGCACCCCCCACAAGCCCCCACCCAAAUCACUACAGUCCAGCCCAAACUCGCUGUGAUCCAAGAGGCCCGCUUCACACAGAACUCCAACGGCCCCCCCCUCAGCAACCAGCCGGUCCUGAUCGCUGUGCAGCGCCAGAUGCCUCAAACCACCAUGAAGCCAGUGACCUAUGCCAUGGCGUCGCCAGCCAUAGUAUCAAUGUCAGUUAGCUCCGCCCCCGUCAUGCAGACGGUGCACGUUGUCCACCAGAUCCCAGCCGUCACCAUGGCAACUGUUGCCGGAGAGCCCACUGCUACAGUGAGCCCGAAACCUCAUGAGAAUGGAGGAGCAGCGCACCGGGGGAUCCAACUUAAAGUGGAGUCAGUGCCCCCCCUCACAGCCUCCUCCAUAGGGGGAGUCAGCCGCAUCGUGCAGACUCCUCUGACUACACUCACCAUCCUGCAGCAAGCCCCCCCGCUGGGCCAGCACCAGCUCCCCAUCAAGACUCUCUCACAGAACGGGACCGCAACCUUCUUCCCCAUCACCACUGCUGUCAGCACAGCCGUUGCAAACCCCCUCCACCUCCUGGCGGCCCACGCCUCCGUCUCUACGUCCCUCCCCACCAAGAGGCAGAACAGCGAACUUCAAGACACCACCCAAACAAAGAGGGCGAAAAAAGAGGAGGGGGGGGCAGCAGCCACUUACAACAACGGCACCACGGGCAGAGCCAGAGAGGGCGUGGUCAGUGAACAGUUUAGUGACAAGUAGCCCCCCCUCUGCAUCCUGAACCCCUCUCUCCUGUAACCCCCCACCCUCCAUCAUCUACUCCAGAUGCAAAAAAACAGAAGAGUGGAAAACACCUGCAGGACUACAGAAUGUUCAACCUCUCCUAUAUAUUUAAACACGAUGCAAAAACUGAAGACCACAUUUGAAAAUGGAAUGAAGGAGUUGCUGAUUACUGAAUCCCUGAAGCUGAGCCAGAUGGCAAAAAGAUAUCCAGAUUUCCAGAUCAAAAGCGACGUGGCCGUGUGAAGAGCUACCGCUGCUACAGCUUCACUGUGAGGGGAGGCAGGAAGCCCCAUGUGGACCUCCCUCCCCAGUUGUGAGUAGAUAUGCAGUAUUCCGUUGCACCAGUGUAUCUCCCCGGGCACAGAUACUGUCUAGUAAUAAAUAAGAUCAUGAAAAGCUAUAAGUGGGCUCUAUAAGGACUUUACACAUCAAAACGUUGUUAUGUAUGUGGACUCUUUGUUCAGUGCAAUGAAUGUAGUCUCCCUUUUAAAGAAAACACUAUCUAUGGAGUGGAUGUUUUUUUUCUGCUCAUUCAUGCAAAUUAAAUUCCUUUCAUCACUGUACAUCUACAGACUUUUCAUAUUUUACAAAUAUCCUGAGAUAAGAAGUAUGUACCCGUACGUAUUUGACCAUAUGCUUCAUCAAGCUUGCAUGUUCUGAUCUAGAGACAAUGUUCUUGAUCAGAUCAUCUGAAUAUGGAACUGAGAAGAGUUAGACUGAAUCUACACUAAUGAUCCUGACCAGUGCUGCACCUGACCCUCUUUCAUCCUUCCCUCAUCAUGGGCUGUGGUACCUUUUGUUUUGAAGCUUGAUUCUUUGAUUCUCUUCAGGCUAUGAAACAGUCUCUUCAGAUCUAUGUUACACAAGGAAAAAAGUGAUGGGUGUUCAUUCUGCUUCAGUGGGUAAAUGCUUUUUUUAUAAAUGUAUUUAAAAACACAUAACCUCC